UUUGAAAAAGUAUGCUUCAGUAAGUUUACUAAUGUUUUUUUAAUUUUUUUUAUUUUAAAAAUUUUUAUUUUAUUUUAUUUUUUUAUGUCUCUCUCAGGGACAUGCACUCAGUGAGGUGGAGCCUCACUGACACCAUGAUGUCAUUUUAAUUUCAACUUUACUUCUUUGGCCCGCACUUUACAUUGACUUUCAAGUUGAUUUGAUUUCAUCGCCUAAAUUCCCGACCACAAAAAGGGACACACCGUGGCAUGUGAGGACUGUCGCUCAUCCUCUUUGUCUUCCCCUCAUCUUCUCUCCUUCCUCCCAUCUUAAUCAUUGACAUUACUGGAGAUGAGUGGGUGCAGGUGGACAAGAUGACACCCUUUCUUCUUGUUUUCUUCGCUCUGCGGCUUUGAACUGCAAAUGGAUUUGUCAGAGCAAGAGGGGAAAAAAAAAAGAAAAGCCCCCUCGUUCCACAGCUCUUUAUGGCUCCUUAAAGCUUUUUAGCACGCCUUUGUGAAUCUUGUGGAGGCUGAAGCGAUUCACUGAGCGCGCAAAAAAUGUGAAUGGAAAUUGCACGGAAGAAAAAAGCUUUGUUGUUCUUCACUAUUUGUGUUUGGAGAAACGUCAUCUUUGAUGCGCUUUUUAAGCCUUGCGGCGAAAUCACAAAUGACACAAUUUCAAAGGCUCACCAGUCACAAGAUUAGGUACAUAUCCGUUUAAAAAAAAAAAUGUAAAUAUAAAUUGGGAUCGUCUGUUCAAUCAUCAUUCUGCGUGACUUUUUUUUUUUUUUUUUGCGCCUGUGUCUGUGCAAGUAGUUGUUGUAAAAGCGCCCCCUCAUAUUGACUUGAGAUAUCGAAAACAUUUGUCAAAGAGCCUUCACAAACACUGCAUGUGCACAUGCAACGCCUGCCAAUUAAAAUGCAUAGAUGUAAAUGAACACAUAACACUCUUGACUUUCAAUGCGUAUGAUCACGACCCCGGGGGUGCGUGAUGCACCUCUAUUUCCGUUCAGCGCGCAUUUUCUUUGAAGUCACGCCAUGUUUGUGUGAAAUUGACAUGGCAGAUGUGAGAGUAUCCGCGUCUGUAGUUGUCAUCACAUGUCCAGUCGUAUUUGCGAUGGGUUAUGGUAGCGUUGUGCUAAUCUGAGAUGAUUUAGUUGUCACCGGUAACUACUUGGAGAUCUUCCUUGGCUGCUGGCAUUAAAUUAUCAUUUUUAUUUUAUUUUUUUCCUAUUUCUCAGUAGAUCCUUUUCAAAAAAAUGUCUCAAGGCCUCAGAAUCCUAUUUUCUCAAUCAGCUUCCUUCAUAAGCAACAGUCUUCUCUCAUUCGAUGAAAGUGAGAGAUGUUAGUUUUGCUGAAUAUUUUGACAGAAAACAGGGGGCCGGGGCUUCCCUGCUGUAUGUUGCCAUGGUAACUGCCAGUCAAAUCUAAUUAAAAAACACCCACACACUUCUUAUCUAGCCGAUUGUGGCAAAUGAUUUUAUUUAUUUAUUUUUGCAACCAUGACUUGAUCACGAUACAAGCAAAACACGAGCGGAACAUAUUUUGGACAAUAAGUUGCAUACAUUUUUUUUUUAAAUUGGAAAAAAUGUCUUGGACAGUAUAUGGAGAAAAAUGCUCAAACUUGACCUUUUCAGAGAUGCCCUAAAUUACUACAAUGUAGUUGUUCUUACUUAAAAAUUUAACAUCCUGGAUAUAUAUGAACCAGUUGUAAUUGGAUAUCGAACAUGAAGGAGGGCGUGCUGGUCAUGGUGCUGCAUCAGAUACCCUUACUGACAGAAUGUCAAGGUGCAUGCGAGUGUACCCAUGUGUACGAUAGGUGGUCAAAUAACGAGGUUGGGAUGAAGUGGGAAGUAAAUAUCGAUCGAUAUCAGAAGGUGAUGUGAGUCACAAUUUAAGAAAUGGAUGUCCUGCAUUUGGUGUCCCCCAAGGUUCAAUUCUUGAUACUCUACUUUUUAUAUGUAUCCCAUUGGGAUAAACCUCUCUUUCAUUAAAACACAAAUGAUUAAAAAUCUCUGUUUUUCUAAGCGACUGGAGAAUUGUAAUAUCUAUUUUAGUAUUGCUCUCUUUACUAAAAAUAUCUGCCACACAAUUUAUAAUGUUGCUGCAUUACAGUAAAAAAAAAAAUCUAAAUCUCAUGCACUUUCUCUUGACUGUAUUUAUUGUAUACUAUCUGUGAUGUGAUCUAACCUGUGCAACUUUGUUAGUGGCCUGUUUCAGCAGACAUUUUGGCUGGGUAUUGGACAUUUUGAGGCUAGUAAUCGGCAGGUAAGGUUAUUAGCAUUAAAACCUUUAGCAACAUCAUGUAUUUUGCAUCUUUAUAUAUGUGGACUGUUGUUUAAAUUUUUAAGUUUGCAUGCGAACGUCAUUUCCUCAAUUGUAAGAAGCCCCCUCGGUGAUUUUGCACAUCAACAAACGGCCAAGUUAAAUUAAUGUACAUUAGAGGGUCCAAUAAUCUUUUCGUGUCUCUGCAUGGUUGUAAUUCCAAACACUCAAUCUGCCUGGCUGGUUGUCCCACGCCCCCUUCGUACCACCGUCCAUCCACGACGCCAGUUGGAGUCUAAUCCCGGCAGAGCUAAUCUUCCUCUGAUCUGAGGAUUGCACAAUUGAGUUGCUGGGUUUCCUCUCACCUGCUGGCCACCGCAUGCCCGACUAACUGACUGGGUAGUCGGGCGCAGAGUGGACGGAAGAUGGCUUCCCGCCGAUCGCCAUCCUCUACUUGGACAGAGCCACGAGGGAACGGACGAGGCUCCGUCCCAGUGGCCACGGCUCUCAGCGAGUCCUCGUCCAUCCACAGCGACGCACUGUACCACCUGACCAGGGACGUGUCGCGGGUGGGCCUGGAACCUCUGUCCAACAGCAUACUGGAAGCAGAACCUGACAAAGAGGAUGCUUGGGAUGAGGAGGCUCAAAGUCUACUUAAGGUUGUCAGUUCUUCAUCAAGCCCCCAAGACAACGGCGAGGGCCUCCACUUCUCGGACGGCCGGCGGAAAGUCGACUACGUGCUGGUCUUCCACCAGCGAAGACACGCCUCCGUUCGUUCCCCUGCCAGCACGUCGGUUUCCCACGACCGACUGUCCAUCGUUUCCAACGGCAACUUCCCGCCGUCGCGUGGCUCGGACGGCAAAGGCGGAGGAGGAGGGGGGAGUGGCGGAGUACCGGGAGGGGAGGCUGUGAGCAUCGGCGAGGUGUUCAUGGAGCUGGACAGCGGAGGAGGGAACGAAGCGGCCGAACCCGCCGACCACGAGAUACAUCUGAUCAGACAAGAGUUCGAGGCCAACCUGCUGGAGGCCGGCUUGGAGAUCGAAAGAGAUCGAGAGGUGAAGGCUCAUGGUCUGAGCUUCACCCGCCUCCACGCACCCUGGCCGGUGCUUUGCAGGGAAGCGGAGUUUCUCAAAAUUAAAGUCCCAACCAAAACGCGCUAUGAAAUUAAAGAGGAAAGUGCGUUCAGCAGCAGCAUGAGCAGCGUGUGGAGGAAACUGAAGCAGCCUUUCCAGCCCAAAGUGCCCCCUCAGGACCACGGACCCACAAAGUUCCUCACACACUGCUUCUCCCGGGACAAGCUCCACCUGUACAACGUGGCAUCGAAAGACUCCUUCUUUGACAACGCCACAAGGGGCCGCAUCGUGUACGAAAUCUUGAGGAGGACUGUUUGCGCUCGGACCUGUCAAACCAUUGGUAUCACGACAUUGAUAGCAAAGGGUGUCUACGAUGCUGCCUUCCCUCUUCACGAUGGAGAUUACAAUGCCACUGGACAUCCCGAGGAGAGGAAUGACCGACAGGUUCUCCAUGAAGAGUGGGCCAGAUACUCGGCCUUCUACAAAUACCAACCCAUUGAUUUGGUCAGGAAGUACUUUGGAGAAAAGAUCGGCCUGUAUUUUGCCUGGCUUGGCGUUUACACCCAGCUGCUCGUGCCAGCCUCCAUCGUGGGAAUCAUCGUGUUUGGCUACGGAGUAGCAACAGUGGACACAAACAUACCCAGCCUCGAGAUGUGCGACGAGCGCCUCAAUUUCACCAUGUGUCCCCUGUGCGACGGAGCCUGCGACUUCUGGCAGCUGAGCACGGCCUGCGGCACGGCCAGAGCCUCGCACCUGUUCGACAACCCCGCCACCGUCUUCUUCGCCAUCUUCAUGUCUCUGUGGGCCGUGUUGUUCCUGGAGCACUGGAAGCGUCGCCAGAUCAGUUUAAGCUUCAGUUGGGAUUUGACCGGCAUCGAGGAUGACGAGGAACACCCGAGACCAAAAUACGAAACCAUCCUUCUCCAGAAGAGGCAGCGGAAGCAAAAAAACAAGAAGACGAAGAAGAAGAAAAGGAUUCAGGUUGCGAUAGAGAAGUUAACCUGGAAAGACCGCCUUCCUGGGUAUUGCAUCAAUGUUUCCUCCAUUCUUUUUAUGUUUGGUCUGACCUUCUCGGCCGUUUUCGGCGUCAUCAUCUACCGCAUCACAGUGUCGGCGCUGAUGGCCAUGAGCCCCGACCCGGAGACAAAGUCCAACGUGCGCGUGACGGUGACGGCUACGGCGGUCAUCAUCAACUUGGUGGUUAUUCUCAUCCUGGAUGAGAUCUACGGCGCUGUGGCGGUGUGGCUGACAGAGCUUGAAAUUCCUAAAACGGAGACCAACUUUGAGGAGCGUCUCAUCCUCAAAGCCUUUUUACUCAAGUUCAUGAAUGCAUACGCGCCCAUUUUUUACGUGGCGUUCUUCAAGGGACGGUUUGCAGGUCGACCGGGAAGUUAUGUGUAUGUCUUUAACGAUUAUCGAAUGGAAGAGUGUGCACCAGGAGGCUGCCUCAUUGAGUUGUGCAUUCAGCUCAGCAUCAUCAUGCUCGGGAAGCAGCUCAUCCAAAACAACAUCUUUGAGAUCGGCAUCCCGAAGUUGAAGAAGCUGGUGCGUACGCUGAAGGAUAAAGGAGGCGCCGAGAAGGAGGAGGAAGAGGAGAGGCCUCCGCAGCAGUGGAACCUGGACUACGCUCUCGCUCCCUUCGAGGGCCUCACGCCCGAAUACAUGGAAAUGAUUAUCCAGUUUGGCUUUGUCUCGCUGUUUGUGGCCUCCUUCCCUCUUGCUCCUCUUUUCGCACUGCUGAACAACGUGAUCGAGAUCCGGCUGGAUGCCAAGAAGUUUGUUACGGAGCUCCGCCGGCCGGUCGCUGCCCGUGCCAAAGACAUCGGCAUAUGGUACAAUAUACUGAGUGGCAUGGGCAAAUUCUCCGUCAUAAUAAAUGCCUUUGUGAUAUCCUUCACGUCGGACUUCAUCCCUCGCCUCGUCUACCAGUACAUGUACAGCCAGUCGGGGACCAUGCACGGCUUCAUCGACCACACGCUCUCCUACUUCAACGUCUCCAACUUCAAACCCGGCACAGCGCCGCAGAAUUCCGACCACGGCGAUGUCACCGUCUGUAGGUAUAAGGACUACAGGGAACCCCCCUGGGCCCCCGAUGCGUACCACUUCUCCAAACAGUACUGGUGUGUCCUUGCAGCGCGACUGGCUUUCGUCAUCCUCUUUCAGAACCUGGUGAUGUUCCUGAGCCUCGUAGUAGCCUGGGUGAUCCCGGACAUUCCCAAAACCAUCGUGGAGCAGCUGAAGCGCGAGAAGAAGCUGCUGGUGGAUCUCUUCCUACGAGAGGAGAAGGACAAAUUCCAGCUCAUCCAGAGCCUCUUUGCCAAGGACGCCCCCGUCCCUCUGGGCAGCCACGUGCUCGACCCAGCUCAAAGGUUCCCCCUCCCGGGCCGCUAUAGCACCCUGCCGCAGUGUGCGACCCAGGCGACGGCCGCUGACGACGACGGAGGAGGAGGAGGAGGAGGAGGAGGGCCCAGGGCGAGGUGCAGGGCGGCCAGUUUCAGCUUGUACACCAGGAAGGUCCCCCUGUCGCCCAGAAAUGAAAACUCCAAACACACGGCUGUGUGACAUGUGACACAACACAUCCCCGAGGGUGGCGUCGGCAUCGCGAAGAGAAUAUCGUGUUCGGGUGAUCCCUUCCUCCAACUGCCAUUUUGAUGUCCUGGCGUGAAAAAGAAGCGGCUUCACUUCAUGCGUUUUUUUUUUUUUUUUGUUGUUGUUGUUUUUGCUCAUGUUUUGUUCACCCUAUCGAGUGUGAUCUUUUUUUUUUUUUUUUAAACUUAUUAUUUUUAGCUUGUAGCUUCAUUGCGUAAACAAGCAAUAAUACUGCAUUAGGCUGAAGAGCAUUGUAAGAUAUUGUAGAUUACAAAAAAAA